AUGUCAACUACAUACGUUAACGAAAAGACCGGAGUUGACUCUUCUGAGCACUCCGGAACAGAGGCACAACCAUAUGCAACCCCUGCUUAUGCGUUAUUUGUCAACCCCGAUGCUAAAAUCCUCGUUUAUAAGGAAACAGAGGAAGAUAAAACUAAAUUUGCAUACACUGAGAUCUCGCCAUCAGCGUUGAAAAAAGCCAAGAAGGGGGCUGAAGGAUUGAAAAAGAAGGCGGAAAAGCAAUCUAAACUCGAAGCGGAAAAAGAGUCAUUACCUAAAGUUGCCGAUUUGGAUUUGACUUCAAUUGAAGAGGACAAAUCCUUGCCAGCUGCAAAGAAGAUCAAAUUGAGAUCAAUUCAGGAUAGCAUUGGCUCUAGAGUACAAGUCAACGGGUGGGUACACCGUUUGAGAGUACAAAAGGGCUUAGCCUUUAUAACAUUGAGAGAUGGAACUGGAUACUUGCAAUGUGUAUUGACAGGAGACUUGGCCAAGGCUAGACAGACCCAGGAAUUGACAGUUGAAUCUACGGUGCUGAUCAAAGGUGUGAUUUCAAAGUUACCCGAAGGUAAGACUGCUCCAGGUGGUGUCGAGCUAAAAGCUGAUUACUACGAAAUUGUCGGUUUGGCCCCAAGUGGUGAAGAUGCAUUUACAAACAAAAUCCAGGAAGGUGCUGACCCUUCGUUGUUGUUAGACCAACGCCAUUUAACUUUAAGAGGUGAAAGUAUCUCCGCAGUGAUGAGAGUCAGAGCAGCAUUUUUGCACGCCAUUAGAGACUUUUACAAAGAAGAAGGUUUGUUGGAAGUUACUCCACCAUGUAUGGUGCAGACGCAAGUUGAAGGUGGAUCAACCUUGUUCAAGAUGAACUAUUACGGAGAAGAAGCUUAUUUGACACAAUCGUCACAAUUGUACUUGGAAACCUGUUUGCCCGCAUUAGGUGAUGUGUACUGUAUUCAAGAAUCAUUUAGAGCUGAAAAAUCACAUACCAGAAGACAUUUGAGUGAGUAUACCCAUAUCGAAGCAGAAUUGGCAUUCCUCACAUUUGAUGAUUUAUUGAACCAUUUGGAAAAAUUAAUCUCAAAAACAGUGGAAAGUGUGUUGAAAGACCCUGUUGCUGGUGAAUUGGUUAAGCAAUUGAACCCUGGAUUCCAAGUGCCAAAGUUGCCUUUCAAGAGAAUGGAAUACAUUGAAGCAUUGGAAUGGUUGAACGAACGUGGUGUUUUGAACGACGAGGGUAAACCAUACUCUUUUGGUGACGAUAUCGCUGAAGCUCAAGAAAGAAAAAUGGUUGACACCAUUAACGAACCUAUCUUGUUGACCAGGUUCCCAGUGGAGAUUAAAUCCUUCUACAUGCAAAAAUGUCAAGAUGAUCCAAGGGUGACCGAAUCGGUUGAUGUCUUGAUGCCAAAUGUUGGUGAAAUAACCGGGGGAAGUAUGAGGACUGUUGACUACGAUGAGUUACUAGCUGGAUUCAAGAGAGAAAAAAUUGAUCCUUCCGCUUACUACUGGUUGUUGGACCAACGUCGUUAUGGUACCUGUGAACACGGUGGUUAUGGUCUUGGUACUGAAAGAAUUUUGGCAUGGCUCUGUGACAGGUUUACUGUUAGAGACUGUUCGUUGUACCCAAGAUUCACGGGUAGAUGUAAGCCAUAA